CCUACUGGACCCCAUCCGCUCCCUACACACUGUGGCAGCAGCUCUAGCGCACCGCGGACAGCAGCGCACCAGAGCGGAGCUGGAGGAGAAGAGGAGGAGGAGAAGGGAUUGUCUCCCCUCCGACAGGUGGGAUUAUACUCUACAGCAUCCCGUCGCUUCAACAUGCCCGUGGGGAGUAAAAGUCUGGUUGGGAUUACUGCGCUGAUCGCCUCACUGCUGCUCCUGUCCUGUGGGACAGGUGGAGAAGAUGUGUGUGACAGCCCACUGGUGUCCAAUCUGCCACCGUUGUCCUUCAGAAGUUCUUCCCAGUUGUCCAGCAGCCAUGGUCCAGUGUUCGCAAAAGUCAACAGAAGAGAUGGAGCUGGAGGUUGGUCUCCUCUCACCUCAGACAGGUAUCAGUGGUUGGAGGUGGACCUGGGGAGACGGACCCGGAUCACUGCUGUGGCCACGCAGGGACGUUAUGGCAGCUCCGACUGGCUGACAGCCUACCUGUUGAUGUUCAGCGACACAGGACACAACUGGAGACAACACCGACAGGAAGACAGCUUAGGGGCUUUUCCAGGUAACAGUAAUGCAGACUCGGUGGUUCAGUAUAAACUGGAGCAGCCAGUGAUAGCUCGCUACCUCCGCCUGAUUCCUCUGGACUGGAACCCUACUGGGAGGAUUGGCCUUAGACUGGAAAUAUAUGGAUGUCGAUACACUUCUGAUGUGGCAAACUUUGAUGGCAGCAGCAGCCUGGUCUACAGACUGAGUUUGAGGCCGAGCCGGACAACAAUUGAGACAAUUUCUCUGAAGUUUAAAACCCUGAAGAAUUGUGGGACACUGCUCCAUGCAGAGGGACAGAGGGAUCACAGCCUUACUUUGGUGUUGGACAAAGGAAAACUACUGCUCUAUCACCAACAAGCUGUAACUUCAUCCUCCAGUGGCCAGCUUCUUGUUUCCCUGGGCAGUCUUUUAGAUGAUCAGCACUGGCAUUACAUAAAACUGGAGCGAAUGAACACUCACCUCAACCUCACAGUGGAUAAAACCACACAGCAAGUACACAUACCUGCAGAACUUAGCCACUGGGACAUUCACCAGCUAAGUCUGGGUGCGGUUCAGGGCCAUGGACUUCAGAAACCCAUCUUGUCCAAUAGAAACCUCAGUGGCUGCCUGGAAAACCUGUUUUACAACAACCUCAACCUGAUCGACUUGGCUAAACAGAAAAGCCAUCAGGUCACUGUCGUGGGCAAUGUGACCUUUUCUUGUGCUGAGCCAGUUUUUGUUGCCGUGACGUUCACCGACUCCCAGAGCUUCCUGCAGUUGCCCGGGUCGACGUCGUGGUCACAAGGAGUCACCUCUGUAGCGCUGCAGUUCAGGACGUGGAACAAGGUGGGGCUGCUCUUGACCUUUGAUCUUCCAAACCAGGACGGCGUUGUGUGGCUGUACAUAAACGAAGCCCGGCUCCGUCUACUAAUCAGAAAAGCUGAAAGGAACCUUGUGGAGCUCAGUGCAGGCUCGGGUCUGAAUGAUGGUCAGUGGCAUUCUGUGGAGCUGAAGUUCAGAUCAGAUCAUCUGAGCAUCUCCGUGGACAAAGAUGAAGGAGCCACCGCCCACAUCAGCAUCCCACUUCCUCUCAGCACAGACAGCCCACUUUUCUUCGGUGGUUGUCCUGCUGAGGAGAACAGCCAGCAGUGCAGAAACCCCUUUAAAGUGUUUCAGGGCUGCAUGCGACUCUUGGCUGUGGAUAACCAACCUAUUGAUCUAAUCAAGGUGCAACAAAGGCUCCUGGGAAACUACAGCCAUUUGAAGAUUGAUAUGUGUGGCAUCAUCGACAGGUGUUCUCCCAGUCACUGUGAACAUGGAGGUAGAUGCACUCAGUCAUGGAACACCUUCCACUGUAACUGCUCCGACAGCGGAUACAGAGGAGCCACCUGCCACAGCUCGACAUUUAAACAGUCAUGUGAAGAGUACAAACACGACGGCAACACAUCUGGACAUUAUUACAUAGACGUCGAUGGCAGUGGACCAAUCAAACCUCAGCUUGUCUAUUGUAACAUGACAGAGGACAAAGCAUGGAUGGUGAUCCAGCACAACAACACAGAGCUGACCAGAGUGACCGCAUCACCUGAAGGAAACCAAUAUUCAGCUUAUUUUGACUACGCUUCUGCAGAUGAGCAGUUAGCAGCUAUAAUCAACCAGUCAGAACAUUGUGAACAGGAACUGUCCUAUUACUGCAGGAAGUCCCGGCUCCUCAACACACCAGAUGGUGCUCCGUUUAGCUGGUGGGUGGGAGGUCCCAGCCCAGGUCAGGUCCAGAUGUACUGGGGCGGGGCCCUCCCAGGCAGCCGCCAGUGUGCCUGUGGCCUCCAGGACAGUUGUCUGGACCCUUAUCACUACUGCAACUGUGAUGCUGACCACGACCAAUGGACCAAUGAUUCAGGUGUCAUCUCUCAUAAGGAAACCCUUCCAGUCCUGUCUCUGGUUUUAGGUGACGUUCAGCGGCCGGGGUCAGAGGCCGCCUACAGGGUGGGACCGCUGCGUUGUCAUGGAGACAAAAACUUCUGGAACGCUGCAUUUUUUGACAAAGAGACGUCCUACCUUCACUUCCCCACCUUUAACGGAGAGCUCAAUGCAGACAUCUCCUUUCUGUUUAAAACCACAUCCUCCUCUGGGGUGUUUCUCGAAAAUCUGGGGAUCAAGGACUUCAUUCGGAUCGAACUCAGUGCCUCCACAGAGGUGGUCUUUUCUUUCGACGUGGGGAAUGGCCCGCUGGAGGUUCGAGUGCAGACAAGUGUCCCGCUGAACGACAAUCGGUGGCACAGUGUGCGAGCUGAGCGUAAUGUGAAGGAGGCAUCGCUACGUGUGGAUGAAUUACCUGUCGCCACAAAGGCGGCUCCUGCUGAUGGACACAUUCAUCUGCAGCUCAACAGCCAGUUAUUCAUAGGAGGCACUGCUUCCAGACAGAAAGGCUUCCUGGGCUGCAUCCGCUCCCUGCAGCUGAAUGGUGUCACUCUUGACCUGGAGGAGAGGGCAAAGAUCACCCCGGGUGUCCGACCGGGAUGCCCAGGCCACUGCAGCAGUUACGGCUGGCUCUGCCAAAACCAGGGGCGCUGCGUGGAAAAAACCAGUGGAUUCUACUGUGACUGCAGCCCAUCGGCCUACACCGGAGCCUUCUGUCAUAAAGAAGUUUCUGCUGGUUUUAAGUCAACAACGUCCAUCACCUACAUGUUCAAGGAGCCCUAUGACCUGAGUGGGAACACCAGUGCCUUGCCUUCAUCCAUUUAUUCUGACAUGACUUUGAGAGGAGAGAACAUCUCCCUGAGCUUCAGGACCAGUCAGAGUCCUGCUCUGCUGCUCUAUGUCAGCUCCUUCUACAGAGAAUACCUGGCCCUGCUUAUCAACAAACAUGAUGAGCUGGAGGUGAGGUAUAAGUUGCAUAGCAGCAGAGAUGUGGAGGUGCUGGAGAGUCCAGGAACUAACUUGGUCGAUGGACAGCUGCACACGGUGUCCAUCAGGAGGCUGGCGGAUACAGUCUCUGUUCAGAUUGACCAGAAUACGAGAGAGGACUUCAACUUGACAUCUGAUGUGGAAUUCAACAGCAUCAAAUCACUCUCUCUGGGUAAAGUGCAUGACUCUGAUGAGGUGGAUGCAGACCUGGUUGGAGUGGCCUCUGUUGGGUUCACUGGCUGUCUGUCAGCUGUUCACUUUAACUCCAUCAGUCCGCUGAAAGCCGCUCUGCUGCACCCUGACAGCGCUGUAAUUGUCACCGGCCCAUUGGUCCAGUCCAGCUGCGGUUCCUCCUCAUCAGCCAAUCCCUAUGCAGCAGAAACAACACACUCUUUAUCAGACCAGCCGAGUUCAGUGGACCCAGGUCAGCCUUUGGUCAACGCCAUCAGGAGUGACUCUGCUCUAAUUGGAGGGGUGAUCGCUGUGGUGAUCUUCAUCACAGUGUCUGCAUUGGUGAUAAUGGCCAGAUUCAUCUGCAGCAGGAAAGAGACGUAUCGGAACCAAGAAGUAAAAGCAUCACAGUCUGAAGACGGCCAUGAGUUCCCCUUCAGCAGCCAGGCGGACUCCCAGAGUGCCCCCAAUGAAAACCAAAAGGAGUAUUUCAUCUAGCAGGAGCCAUUACCUUUAACUGACCUGGAAGGACAGAGGGAGAGGAUCUGCCAAGUGCUCAGUGUUUUACUGGACACCACAGAGUUCAUCAGCCACUGGUACCAAUGAACCAACAAGACGUGGCAGAUCUUUCUUUUCUGUUUGUGAAUAAUGUACAUUUUGCACAAACUGGAAAACGUGUUGGACUAUAAGUUACAGAAGCUGUCCUUUGCAAAAAUGUAAAUAUUCAAUGAUGUAAAUGGUGAUUUGUGUGCUUAUAUCAACAUAUUUCUCCUCCAUAAUUUAUUAAAAUGAAAGUUCAGUCGAUGUGAUGAUUAAAACACAACUUUGUUCCAGUUCAAGUACACUUUUGGACUUGUUGUUGAUUUAUAAAAUGCACUUUUCUAUAAGGAUGAUGAACCCUCCAGCUACAUCUGAGAUGUCAUAGCCAUAAAUGUCAAAACACAGAAAGACAGAUUCUAGCGACUGGAGCAAUGACAUGCACGUCUCCCAUCUACAAAUAACAGCUCAGCCAAAGCACAGAUGCAAAAAAUCUGUUCCAAACCCACCUAAUUUUAACACCGUCUGUAUAUAUGAAUACCAAAUGAAAGUAACAAAAGCUUUACUUUCACACUCUGCCUUUAAGUUGGUGAGAUUUUAUUUCACGCCCUGUGCUUUUCUUUUAAACUCCAAGCACCACAACACCUUUACAGGGAUAAAGAUUUUUUCUUAUUUAUUUAGUUUUAUUUCUACUUUUUGCCUGUACUAAUGUCAGUGAGCAGCUGACAUUUUUAAUGUAGCUUUCAGCAGUAAAUCUUCAAAUGGCAUGGGCUAUAAAACACUGCCUGUCUGUCACCUACUUCAUUUUGCAGACAUUUAAUGUGGUUUUGCUGAAACACUAAUCUGUGUUUGGCUGACAGGCAGACUAAGAGAUUGUCUGAACGGCAAAAAGGAAGAACUGAACUGAGGCUGACAGUGAGACUUAAGUGAUGCAGUAAAAGUCGGUCAUCCAAAUAUUAAGAAAGAGUAUUUAUUCAUUGGAUUGUGGUUGGGAUUUCAAAGGUGGGGUCUAUUUCUAUCCCAGACUAAUUACUUGACCUUUGAAAUGACAUAUUUGUUCUUUGAGUUGGUGAGUAGUUGUACAAGCCAGAAUUUCACUUUUGCCUGGAGACUAUAGCAAAAUCUGUGAAAUGAGGCCUCAUGUACUCUUCCAAAAGCAAACAGUUCUCAGUUAACCUUUCCCACAUUCUAAACUUUACUCUAUAUUUUGUAGUUUUUCCCAGAAAUACAGACAGGCAACAAAGAAAAGGAAAAUAAAUAUUAAAAUGUCUUUGUAAAGUCUAGCUUCUUCCAACAGAUAUUCUGUUUUUUUGGUGUCUUGAUUUGGCAGUACAGAGCUAACACAUGUUCACACCUAAACAGCAGAAGAAAUCAUUUGCAAAUGAUUCCAAAAGUGAUACAUUUGACAGUGUUUGUAACACUUCUACUUCACAAUUUAUCAGAGACCAGCAGAAAUGACACCCAAUGUCCACAAUGUUUAGAUGAUCAAAAUAACUGUAGGGAAUAGGAAACGCUACAAGAAAAGCAUAGGAAAAUAAAUUAAAGAUGGUCAGUCUGUGCUGUAGUGAAAGCUGUAAUAAUGUACUGUUUGCAAAUCGGUCUAAUUUGUGUCACAUUAAAGCUGCAGCACUUGAUUUUAGGGGUUUUGGUCGGGGUUUUUUUGUUCUGCUGGAGGCAAAAAUCAGAAUAAUCUUUUAGCAUAUUGCAAUUCACAUGUUCUGAAAGGAAUCUGUAUCCCACGACCUAGACUUUAGCUUAUCGCAUGUGUUAUCAGACAGGCUGGGGGGUUAAUAUAUGUUUGAAUGUUGUCCAAUCGCAAGUCCCUUUUACACAGCAAUUCUGUUACGGGAAUGUUUUAUCUUUAUUCCGGAAUGACAUCUAUGUAAACAAAAUGGCGGAUCAUUUGGUCCCACCUCUGUCCCGGCUCUGUAACGCCUCCGGAGGUAGUAACAGAGCCGUGAUAAAGGUGGAAUCAUGAUUCUGGAACGCU